CAGACAGCAUUCGAUUCUGCUGCAGCUUUCCAAAUGUGGAUUGGAGGUUACAGAGGAUGAGCGGAAAAAAUUCACAGAAUAUGAAGUCGAUGGGGAAACAGUCAAUGAUGGCCUGACAGACCAUAUGAUUUCCCAGCUCUUUGAGGGUUCCUUCAAAAAGCAGGUCAAAUUUAUGAAAGUCAUCCAAGAGCUAAAGACAGACAUUUGCAACAGUGUUGUGGCUCCAGCUACAGUGUCUGAGUCAAGUUGUGCUCAAAGUCCACAAGUGUCACAAAGAUUUCCCAGUGUCUUUGUUGUGCCAAAAUUCCCCAAGAGCAUACAGACUAAAUUGGACAGUAAAGAACCAUGCCAUAAAACUGGAUUUUAUCGCACCAAAAUAGUUGGUGUCCUUCAAGAAACCAUGGCUCAGUACACAAUGUAUCCUUCAGGUGAAGAUUAUGUGAAGGUUGCCAAGGCACUUGUUACCAAAUACCCUUUUUUGAAGGAUAUAGAAGGGAAUGGAUAUCACACCUGGCACAUGUCAUUGAAAAGGAAGUUCAAAACUGAACGUUCACCACUCGUGGAUGAAGAAGAAGUCAAACAAUUCAAAGCAAAAUUUGGUCAUCGCAAAGGCAAGUCCAAAGAGGCACCAACCCAGACUACGUGUGAAAGAAGACGUGAAAUGAGAAAUGAGUCUGAAGAAGGUCCUAUUGGCGAAGAUGCUGUCUCAAUUGAUGCCCAUGUAAAAGUCUUGCAAAUGCAGUAUGAACGGACUCAACCAGAUAGAACCAUUGUGGAGGAAAAAAUGAGACGCACAUUUCUCUGGAGAAGAUGUGAGCUGCAACAAGACGGAAUGUCAGCUGUUGAGGCCAUCAGAAAGUAUCCCUUCCUGAAAACACCAUGUGGGCUGUAUCAAGAAAUGGGACGAAUCUGCAAAAUCACAGAUUUAAGCCAACGUUUCCGAGAAUCAUUCAGAAGUCUGGUACCCUCUGUGCUGAAAGCAGUCCAUGGGAAGUCCUGUCUGGAGAAGGAAUAUUUGGAGGCCAGAGCUGAAGUAACUUCAGAGGAAGUUGACGACCUAGAGUUCCGAGCUGCCUUGGUGCUCUUACCAACUAUCUUCAAAGAGAAACUGGACAACUACAUUGCACUGAAUGAUGGAGAUCCAGCUACACCUUACCCAACUGUUCAGGUGGCCGGCACAUCAAACUGGAGACGAAUAUUCAGCGAGCGUAGACUCCCCGUGAACAUCAAGGUGGAUGGAACCGAGCCCUAUGUCUACACUUCUAUCAGGACGAAUUUGAGGUAGUUAAUCCUCUGGGUGCUAAACGUGGUAAACACAAACUUUCUGCUGUAUAUUUCACCAUUGGUAACAUUCAUGGGAGGUAUCGAUCCCAAGUCAAACAUAUACAUCUUGUUGCUGAAAUAUACAGACGGUUGCUGAAAACU